GUUGUUUUGUUUGUCGAGUCAGUCAGUUUAUUCCUUUCUUAAUUAUUAUAGACGAUUAAUUUGAUGGAAAAUGUUGGGGAAUUAUCUGGAAAAUAACUGUCUACCGAAUUAUCUCAAGGACAGCUGCCCCAAGCCAAAUACUGGUGAUGUCUUUCAAGACAUCAUUUCCACUUUCCAAUUGUUAGUCACGUCAACUUGUCUUAUUACAGACAAGUGGGAGCCGAGUGCAGACAUCAAAGAUGGUGAUACAUUCAAUUUCAUAAUUGUCGGCGCAGGAUCAGCCGGGUGUGUUCUGGCUAAUCGCCUAAGUGAAGUCAAAUCUUGGAAAGUCUUAUUGAUAGAAGCGGGCGGUGAUCCACCUCUAGAAUCUUACAUACCACCGUAUGACCAAAGGCUAUUUGGAACUUACUCCGACUGGCAAUACAAGACUGUUCCAACAGGAAAAACUAAUUGUGCAAAUGUCGGAGAAAGUGUGAAGUGGCCUCGCGGAAAAAUGCUCGGUGGAUCAAGUGGAAUUAAUGGCAUGGUGUACUUUAGAGGUGUCGCUAAUGAUUUUAAACAAUGGUUCGAUCUCGGAAACAAGGAAUGGUGUCCAGAUAUUGUUUUCAAAUAUUAUAAAAAAUUAGAAAGUCUACAAGAUCAAAAGUUAUUACGAAAUCCAAAAAUAAGAGAUCUAUACGGAUUGGAUGGACCACAGGUUUUAAAUACAUUUAAUAGAACGGACCAAGAACAAGUAAAAAAUCUUCUAGAAUCAUACAACCAGAUAGGUUUAGAAAUUCACGAAGACUUACAGUUGGCUAAUCUUCUUGGAGCAGGAUUAUCUAGAGAUACUGCUUAUAAUGGAAGAAGAGCAAGCACAGCUACAACGUAUUUAAGUCAAAUACAACACAGAGAAAAUUUUAAGAUAAUGAAGAAUGCUUUUGUUGUAAAAAUACUACUAGAUGAUAACUCUAAAGUCUACGGAGUAGUAGUUAAAUACAAAGGCGAAGAAAUUAAAGUAUAUGCUUCAAAUGAAGUUAUCAUUAGUGCAGGCUCUAUCAAUUCACCACAAUUAUUAAUGCUGUCAGGAAUUGGAGAGAAAAAUCAUUUGGAAUCAAAAAAUAUCGAUUGUAAAGUGGAUUUACCAGGAGUAGGUAAAAAUUUACAAGAUCACCUAACCAUAAAUGUACCAAUUUUCGGAACUAUGCCUUAUUCUCAAAGUGAAAUUGAAAAACUUAUAAGUUUUCCGCUUUACUCUUAUAAUAGAACCGGGUUAUUAGCACAAUCCGGUUUUCCUCAUACACUAGCAUUUUAUUCGAGAAAUAGAAACGCAACAUAUCCAGAAUUCGAAGUUCAUUUGGAUUUUUGGUAUAAAAAUUCAACCGACGCCAAAAAUUUUUUUUCGAUGUUUAAAGAACCAAUAUAUGAAAAAUUUGUAAAGAUAAUUGAAAAGCAUGACUCUAUUGUUUAUCAAUUUAAUCUACUGCAUCCAUAUUCUCGUGGGAAUAUAUAUUUAAAUACGAGUAAUCCAUACGAUCAUCCGUUGAUAUAUGCCAAUUAUUUAGAUGAUGAAAGAGACCUUGAAGCUACUGUAGAAGGUAUCCGAAUGCUGACACGUAUCGUUAAAACCGAUUAUUUUAAAAGUAUGAAUGCAUUUCUUGGUAGAUAUAAUUGGCCAAAAUGCAAUAAAUAUAAACUAAAUAGUUACGACUACUGGAGAUGUAUAGCUCCACAGAUCGUGACUACAAUUUACCACCCUGUGGGAACAUGUUCGAUGGGUCCUGAUCCAAGUUCAGCAGUCGUGGACAGCCGUCUGCGGGUACACCAUGUCAAAGGAUUGCGGGUUAUCGACGCCAGUAUAAUGCCCAAUAUUACAGGUUGCAAUACUAAUGGACCAACGAUCAUGAUUGGUGAGCGAGGUUCAGACUUGAUAAAAGAAGAUUAUGGGAUUAAAGAUAUGAAUAAAAAAGGACAUUAA